CUCCACAACCCGCAAUGGCGCCGGCCCGCAAGCGGAGGUCCGCCGACGAGCCGCCGCUCGUCGUGACCGAGCGCGCGACAAGGGGGCGUCCGCCCAGGGAGGAUGGCGACCCCGAGUUCGUCGGGGACCCCAUCCCCGCCGACGAAGCUCGGGCCAAGUUUCCCCACCGCUACCACCGCCAGCGCAGAAAUGGGGAGGAGGAGGAGGAGGUGAAGGCGCGCUGCCAUUACUGGGCAGCCAAGGUGGAAGGAAUCGUCUAUAACCUCCGUGACGAUGUGUAUGUAGUGCUCAUGCCAUUGCGGUUAUGCAUGCUGCUGUCAAGUACUCGAUGGCUGACCGUCAUCGUAAUGCUCUGUUCAUGCGCCUAAUGUGGUUGCCUCCAUGUUUCCUGCUUUUGACAGAUAAGACGGAUCGGAGGGAGUACCAAACUGCAUCCAUACGACACCUUUCUCCGUGAAUAUGGUUUCUGCUGAUGCAGAGGAAGGAAAGCCCCAUUUCAUUGGUAGAAUCACCGAACUUUUUGAGGGAACAGACCACGUCAAGUACUUCAACUGCCGUUGGUUCUUCCGAUCGGAGGACACGGUGAUCUCGACCGCGAAAUUGGUUGAUGAUCAUAGUCAUGAUCCCAAGCGGGUCUUCCUCUCUGACGAGAGGAACGACAACCCGCUUGACUGUAUUGUGUCCAAGGUUAAAAUACUGCAAGUCGAUCCCAAGCUUGAUCUGGAAGCAAAAGCCCAACUAGCGGCUGACAGCGAUCUGUACUACGACAUGUCGUACACUGUGCCCUACUCUACCUUUGAAAAUAUCACAAAUGAUAUAAAUGAAAUUUCAGGGAUUUCUUCGGAUGCUGAUUCGGAGGUUGACACCUCUGUGGCAACUGCAACGCUACUUGACCUUUAUUCUGGUUGCGGUGGCAUGUCCACUGGAUUGUGCUUGGGCGCUGCACUAGCUGGAUUGAAACUUGAGACGAGGUGGGCUGUUGAUUUUAACAGCUACGCGUGCAAUAGCUUGAAGUCCAACCAUCCCAAGACCGAGGUGCGGAACGAGAAGGCGGAUGAUUUUCUAUCUCUUUUAAAAGAAUGGGCAGUUCUAUGUGACCAAUAUGUCCAUGGUAAUAAUGCUGAGGCACCUCCUCCGAUGGACGAUGAGGAGGAAGAGGGUGAACUCGAAAAGGACGAAUAUGUCGUGCAAAAACUCACUGAUAUCUGCUAUGGUGGCAUUGAUAGGAAAAGUUGCAUUUAUUUCAAAGUGCAAUGGAAGGGAUAUGGUCCCGAAGAGGAUACCUGGGAGCCCAUUAAAAACCUUAGUGACUGCCCUUUAAAAAUAAAGGAGUUUGUUCAAGAAGGCCACAUGCGAAAAGUAUUACCACUGCCUGGUGAUGUAGAUGUCUUGUGUGGGGGGCCACCUUGUCAAGGGAUAAGCGGGUUAAAUCGGUUCAGAAACCGUGACGACCCACUAAAUGAUGAUAAGAAUAGGCAGCUGGUCACUUUUAUGAACAUCGUUUCCUAUUUGCGGCCGAAGUUCGUUUUGAUGGAAAAUGUGGUGGAUAUACUGCAAUUUGCCGAAGGAUAUCUAGGUAGGUAUGCGUUGAGCCGGUUGGUGGCUAUGAACUACCAGUCUCGGCUGGGUAUUAUGUUAGCAGGUUGUUACGGGCUUCCACAGUUCCGCAUGCGCACCUUCCUAUGGGGUGCCCUCACUACAAUGGUGCUCCCAAAACAUCCUCUCCCCACGCAUAAUGUUGUUAUACGAGGCGGGGCGCCGAAUGCAUUCACGCAAAGCGUUGUGGCAUAUGACGAAAUUCAAAAUCCAACCUUGAAGAAUGCCUUGGUCCUUGAAGAUGCGAUCUCAGAUUUACCGAAGGUUGGUAACGAUCAAGCUGAUGACGUACUUGAAUACCUUGUGAAACCAAAGACAGAAUUUCAGCGCUACAUUCGUCUUAGCCGUAAAGAAAUGUUGGACUACUCAUUCGGUGAUAAAACCGGUCCUGGAGAAGGCAAGCUAAUGGAUCACUGUCCUCUGAAGUUGAAUAAAGAUGAUUACGAGCGCGUUAAGCGAAUACCAUUUGAGAAGGGAGCCAACUUCCGUGACCUGGAAGGUGUAAGAGUAGGGCCAAACAACGUCGCUGAGUUUGACCCUGAGAUUCCACGAGUUUACCUUGAGUCUGGCAAUCCAUUGGUCCCUGAAUAUGCAAUCAAGUUCAGGAGUGGCAAAUCUCUCAGGCCGUUUGGACGAUUGUGGUGGGAUGAGACGGUUCCUACAGUGGUAACCAGUGCAAACCCACACAGCCAGAGAAUACUACACCCGGGCCAGGCCCGAGUUCUGACCGUCCGUGAGAAUGCAAGGCUGCAGGGGUUCCCGGAUUAUUAUCGCCUGGAUGGUCCCAUCAAGGAGCGGUACAUGCAAGUCGGCAACGCGGUGGCGGUCCCUGUGGCCCGGGCCUUGGGAUACUCUCUGGGCCUGGCGUACCUGCGCAUACACGACGGCAGCGAUGACCCGAUGCUGGUGCUGCCCGCCAACUUCUUUAGCCCGGGGCAGACCGAGGCCAUCGCGCCCGCAGACGAGGUUGCAGAGGAGUAGGACACAGAGAGCUCCCGUUGCUGCUGGUCUAUUGAACUGGGGCCAUUUUCUGAAAUUGAGCUAGGUUGCUGUGAUUGGCCAGGAUUGGAGUUUUGUGAUUGGCUAGGAUUCAUUUUUUCUGCUUUGGUUGUAUUUUUCUCAACAUUAUCAUUGGUUUCCAAUUGAUGAUUUUCAUCAGUAGAGUGGUGGUCAUAUGUCUGUUUAUGAAUAGUCGAGUUUGUGCUCAGCUCAAGUUGCACCUCAUUGUGCCUGUGGUGACUCAGGUGAUGUUUGUACAGUAACCAGUCACACAUAGAGAAACCAACAGAUCUCUCGUCCCACACUUGUGGUUUCCCACAGAUUUGGAAAAAGAGUUGGACCUUUUUAUAAGGGUUCCUCUUUCAGAUGCUAUUGGAGCUUGACAAAAGAAGAAGUGGUUCCCGUUGCCCGCCUCACGCCACGCGUGCGCGUCGUGUUUUGUAAAUGAACCCCAGAUUAUUUUUCACAUCAUAUUUUUUUUCACUAUGAUA